AUAUCGGAUGCCUUUCUUUUCCACACUACGUUAAAAACCUCAAAUCAAGCAAUCACCAUUCUAUUUCGUCUUCCUCCUCGGCGUCUAGAGAGUUCUCUGCAAGUCAAUGGCGUCCGAUCUCGUCACCAAAGCUAAUGAAGCUUUCAUUGACGACCACUUUGAACUCGCCGUUGACCUCUACUCGCAGGCCAUCCUCAUCAACCCUACCAACGCCGACCUCUUAUCCGACCGCUCUCAGGCUAACAUCAAACUCAAAAACUUCACUGAAGCUGUUUCUGAUGCAAACAAAGCAAUUGAGUUGGACCCCUCGAUUUCAAAAGGAUAUUUGCGCAAAGGCAUUGCAUGCUUCAAUCUUGAAGAAUAUCAGACUGCCAAAACAGCCUUUGAAGCUGGUGCUUCUUUAGUUCCAGAAGAUACAAGAUUCAGAGAUUGGAUAGAGAAGUGUGAGAAAUGCAUUGCAGAGGAAAAUGGUGAGCUACCCACACAAUCAUUGGAUGCAACCCCCACUGAGGUUGUGGCUACUCCCUCUCAAGCACCAGAAGAACCUGAUGCAGAUCCAAAAGAUGCAGAACAAGUAAAGAGCAUCCCCAGCGAGGUGGCGACCAGGAUGCCGGCCAAACCAAAAUACAGGCAUGAGUACUAUCAGAAACCGGAGGAGGCAAUUGUGACUAUAUUUGCAAAGGGCAUACCAGCUGAGAGUGUCUCGGUUAACUUUGGGGAACAAAUACUAAGUGUAACAAUUGAUGUGCCCGGAGAAGAGGCAUAUAUUUUUCAACCUCGCUUGUUUGGAAAGAUAAUCCCUGCAAAGUGCAGAUACAUCGUUCUCUCAACCAAGAUAGAAAUCCGUCUUGCAAAGGUGGAACCAAUACACUGGACAUCUCUUGAAUUUAGCAAAGACACUCUAGUUGUGCGAAGCAGCAGUGUCUCUUCAGGUGGUAAUCAAAGACCUGUGUACCCUUCCUCGAAGCCGACAAAAGACUGGGAUAAACUUGAAGCUCAAGUUAAAAAGGAGGAAAAAGACGAAAAGCUCGAUGGCGAUGCGGCUCUGAACAAAUUUUUCCGCGACAUAUAUCAAGAUGCAGAUGAGGAUACAAGAAGGGCCAUGAGAAAAUCUUUUGUGGAGUCGAAUGGAACAGUGCUGUCGACAAACUGGAAAGAGGUGGGAUCGAAGGAGGUGGAAGGAACUGCUCCAGAUGGUAUGGAAUUGAGGAAAUGGGAAUACUGAAGUUUUUGUGAUGGUGGGUGGAUCUUGUUCUUUCUUGGAAGUUGUCUAUAGUCUCUUUCUUUAAGCCAAAAAAAGGUACCUUUUCAGUACUAGUUAUCUUCUUUUUCUGUCGUAAAGAGUUUUCGGUUGCUGUUUUGGUUUAAUAUAAAUUAUAUUGUCGUCCACAUUUUAAUGACGAUAUAUUUGUUUGAAGAACUGUGUGUUGGAAUUUAGUUACGGUUUACCA